AUGGCGGGUGAAAAGGCCAAGAAGCCAGAUACUAAGGAGAAAAAACCUGAAGCUAAGAAGGCUGAUGCUGGUGGCCAGGUUAAAAAGGGGAAGCAGAUUAAGAGGGGGGAGCCCCACUGCAGCCGAAACCCUGUCCUGGUGAGAGGAAUUGGCAGAUAUUCCCGAUCGGAUAUGUAUUCCAGGAAGGCCUUGUACAAGAGGAAAUACUCAGCAGCUAAAUCCAAGGUUGAAAAGAAAAAGAAGGUGAAGGUUCUUGCUACUGUCACAAAACCAGUUGGUGGUGACAAGAAUGGUAGUACCCGGGUGGUUAAGCUUCGCAAAAUGCCUAGGUAUUAUCCUACUGAAGAUGUGCCUCGAAAGCUGAGUCACAGCAAAAAGCCCUUCAGUAAGCACGGGAGAAAACUGCACGCCAGCAUCACUCCUGGGACCAUUCUCCUCAUCCUCACUGGGCGCCACAGAGGCAAGAGGGUCAUUUUCCUGAAGCAGCGGAGCAGCGGCUUGCUACUUGUGACUGGGCCUCUGUCCCUCAAUCGAGUUCCUCUGCGUAGAACACACCAGAAAUUUGUCGUUGCCACCUCCACCAAAAUUGAUAUCAACGGUGUGAAAAUCCCAGAACAUCUCACUGAUGCUUACUUCAAGAAGAAGAAGCUGCAUAAGCCCAGGCACCAGGAAGGUGAGAUCUUCGACACAGAAAGAGAGAAAUACGAAAUUACAGAGCAGAGCAAGGUUAAUUAG